AUGGCUGCUGUUAAUAAAUCCUUACCUCUUAAUCUAGAUAAAGUAUGCCGUGCAUGUCUACAAAUAAAAAAGGACAUGCGACCUUUAUUCGAACAACUUACUGCGACAAUGUUGAUGGGGAUAUCCAAAGUACAGGUCGCAAUAGGCGAUGGUCUUCCAGCGCAACUGUGCUUGCAGUGCGUUCAUCAGAUAUCAAGAUGUCACGCCUUCAAGGAGAUGGUGGAACGAAAUGACAUCACACUACGUGAACAGGUUAAGACAGUUGAAAACGCUCUCAAGGCUGAGGAUGUUAAACUAAAUAUGAACUGCGAAGACCAGUCCUCAUUCAUCCAGUACAUAGAGGUGCCGAUAUUGAACAAUGGUAAUCCAGUGCCGAUCCUGAAUAACGGCGAUCCGGUGCUGGGUGGAUUCUUCACGGGCAACAAUGAGCAGACGCAAGCUAAGACGCAAGAUACUGUGCAGAAAGAGGGCUUUGAAAUUGAGAAGGUACCACAAGAUCAACAGGCGGCGAAGGAAGACGACCCACUGAAUAUGGACGAAGACAACUACAUGCAGCUGGUGGUGUUCCAAGUGACGUCCUCAGUGUCGCCUGGACGCCACGUGUGCAAUCUCUGCCAUAAGGAGUUCAAACAUGGCCGCUGGCUAAAGCUGCACAUGAGGUCUCACGCCAACUGGAUCAAGGCUAACUGCAAGAAGCCCCCAAUGUGUACUGUGUGCAAGAGGACUUUUAAGGGUCCCGGUAUGCUGAGAAUGCACAUGCGUACCCACGAGCAACGUCCGCCGAAGCAGCCGACCUGUUCGGUCUGCCAGAGAACCUUUCAAACGAAAACCCUACUCUACCGUCACCGACAGACCCAUUUUGAGCAGAAAACGCAUCAGUGCACAGUUUGCGAGAAACGCUUCUUUAAUGGCUACGCAUUAAGGUCGCAUUUGGCUCGGCACAGAGGCGAGCGACCGUACAUCUGCUCUAUUUGCUCGAAAAGCUUCUAUAACCCCACUGAUUUGAAGGUUCAUUUUCGGUUGCACACCGGCGAAAAGCCUCUCAAAUGCUCCGAAUGCAACAAAACCUUCCGUCGCCACUCCACACUGUGCCAACAUAUGAAGAAGCACCGCGGCAUACGAAACCACGUCUGUUCAGUUUGUAACAAAGGAUUUUAUGAAGUGUCGAAGCUUAACGCCCACAUGAGAGUGCACACAGGCGAGCGUCCGUUCGAGUGCCAGUUCUGCUCGCGCAAGUUCGCGCAGCAGUCGGCGCUGAUCUACCACCGGCGCACGCACACGGGCGAGAAGCCGUACGCCUGCAAGCUGUGCGCCGCGCGCUUCACCACCACCUCCGCCCGCAACAACCACAUGGUCACGCACACCGGACACAAGAGGUUCGUAUGCCCGGUAUGCUUCAAGGGCUGCACAUCUCGCACGGAACUCCGCGUGCAUUCAAGCAAGCACACGGGUGAGAAGCUGUUCGGCUGUGAGUUUUGUUCGCAGCGCUUCAGUUCCGCUUCGUACCUGGCCGUGCACCGACGAUUUCACACUGGCGAAAAAAAAUACCAGUGCAACAUUUGCGGGAAAGCCUACAUAGAAUCCAGCGCGUAUAAGAAGCAUUUGAAAACCCACGAACAGAAGCAGGAAACAGAAUCUGUCAACUCGGAGUCCUGCUCUGAAACACAGAUCUCGAACAAAGACGAGGGAGAAAGCAAAAAGGACACGCAACAGAUAGUGACCAUAAAUGAGGAACAAGUUACGGAAGUUCAGAUACAGAGUCAAGGUCAAGGUCAAGAGCAGGUCUCGCAAGCCCAAGCUGAAACCGGAACUACGCAAAAGAGAUUUAAAUGUGGUCUCUGUGUCAAGACCUAUAUGUAUCUGCAUAGUCUUAAGAAGCACAUGAUGACGCAUAUUCCGCAACAACAACAGCAGCAGCAGCAGCAAGAACAACAACAGCAGCAGCAACAGCAACAACAACAACAACAGCAGCAGCAGCACCAUCAACACCAACAACACCAACAGCAGCACCAUCAACAACAGCAACACCAUCAGCAGCACGCGCAGCAACAGCAACAGCAAGCGACGCAACAGUUGCUGCAGCAGCAGGUGGUGCAGGUGGGCGGCGUGCCGCAGCUGGCCGUGCCGCUGCACGUGCAGAGCGGGCAGCACUCUUAUCCUGUUAUAUCUUCGGUGCAGUCACUGCAGUUGCAGCAAACACAUCAGCAAGUCAAUACGCCUCAACAGCUGCAAGUCCAAACGAUACAAAUACACCCGCAACAUCAGCCUAUACAGAUUCACGCGGUGGGCGUACAACAAGUGCAGCAACAACAGCUUCACGUGGCGACAUCUAGCUGCCAGACGAUGUUACCCAACAUACUACAGUUGCAGCCGGCGACAGUGGCAGUGUCCGGGCUCGGGCAGCAGGAGCUGGGCGUGGCGCACCGCAUCCUGCUGCAGCCGCCCGCGCCCGCGCACCAAGCGCACCCCACGCUCUACACCAUACACCACUGA